GUUCGCGCGGACGUCCUGGACGACCACCUCGCGGGCAAGGAGGCGAGCGCCAAGGUCGCACGGGUGUGGCACGUGAACACGGGCAACAUGGCGAUCCACUCCCCAGCGUCGGUCGAAGACUGCAUCUUCGAGCGCCUGACGGUGCUCGAGAGUCUGUACCAGAUGGCGCUGAAGACGGACCAGGCCUGGAACGAGUUCACGGCCGACUACGAGGAGAAAUCACUGAGGACUGGCGCCGACGACGUUCAGAGCCCGACCGUCACUCGCCGGCCGUCCCGCACGACUCGUCUGCCCAGGGAGCCAGAGCUCCGCAGCGGGAUCGGGGACAUCGGCCUGAGCGUGCGCGAGAACCUGGCAGACUUCCCGACGUGGUGCGACGAGGUCCUGCGCCUCCUGGUGGAGGAGCGCGGCCUGCAGGACGAGAAGCUCGACGAGGAGCACGCGGAGACGUAG